AUGUUUUUGUUCAAAUGCUGCACAAACCACACGUCUGAAUCAAGAAGAUCAAACAUCUCACCUUUCAACACGCAUAGAAGACCUCUUCAAAUUUUCAUCAAAACGUCAGUGAAGGCGGUCGCCAAUUCCCCAGUAGACGAAACAACUAAAGACGAAAACCUAAUUAGUUGUCGUGGUAAUGUUAGUGAUUCCAACAGAGACUUAAUUGCUGGUGUUGUCGCUGGGAGUUCUUAUGAUCCGGAUUUAGACAAGGAGUUAGGGAUUAGUGUAGACAUCAAUGGAAAUCCAUUAACUCCCGAGGAACAUUCAAACAUUGGUAGCAGCCUCGAAAUUGAAAAGAAUGGAGACAAUACCAAUUGCCAAUUAGUGUUUCAUGAAAUUGAUAAAAAAAGUGCUGACGAACCGUAUAAAGUUAGUAAAAGAAUAACUACCAAUGGUCACAACUCAACAGAUGCAAACCCUGGAUGCUGUCAAAACAGUUUAGACAUAUGUAACAAUUCACAUCUCAUUGCAUCACUCGAUGAGGAUUUGCGUCGACAAAUAUUUUCUUCUGACAUCUGUGAUAGAGAAAUUUUGAAUUGUGUGCAGAUAACUCAGACGAAGAAAAAAGUCUUACAUUUAAAUUGUGACGAAUACCAAUCAGUAUUAUUCAAUUUCGAGGCUUUUCCUACAAAACUAGAUGAACAUUCUCUCCAACUCAGUCAUCUACUAACAUCAAACGUUUCAAACUCUUAUGAGAAUUUAGAACGUAGCAUCUUAUCAAGCUCAAUUGAGAGCGCAAAGUCAUCAAACUCUACAAACAACAACCACGACAGCUGCUGCAACUGCUACGACAGUUUUGAAUCUGGCUUCUGUCAUUCAACCACAGCCUCGAGCGACGACAACACGGCAACUUCAACAUCCACACCGACCAGGGCGUCCAUUGUAAGCCAAGAUGAGUACAUCAACUAUAAACCCCUACUCUUCUCGUCUUCGGAGUUGAUUGACAAUGACUUGGAUGUGGACAACUUCAGUGAGAGAGGUGGAACAACUGGAGAGUUCAAUUCAUGCAGUGGCGACGAGUUGGUAAAUGAACAUCUGAUCAAGAAUGUAACAAUAAAAUGUCUCGAUGAAGUUGAUUGCGACCAUCAACCUCACAAAACACCCGACAACGAAUCUCCAAUAGACACAAACUCUAAAGAAAUAACAUCAGAUCUUCAAUUUAUAGAGACAAAAUGUGACGACAUGUUGUCACAUUUUUCGAUUUCAGAUACCAAACGAGACGAAACAAUAGCGAAUCAUCCGGCAUAUGAUUUACCAACAAGCUCCAAUACAACCAAAAACUCUUUAAAUCUCAGUCCAACAGAUCCAACAACAAAGAACGUAGAACACAUUCCAAAAAAUAUUUCACAUAAUUUUAAUUUUAUUGAUUUAAAUUCAAACGAAAAUAAUAAUAUAACUUCUGCAGGCGCUGUAAUUGAAACAGAUGAAUCAUCAAACCAUCACCAAACGACAGACAAGUUGCAAUUACAAACUGACAGUGAAUUCAAUGAGACCCAUCUUGAGAGGAUGAAAAAUGAGGAAGGUAUCUUAAUGAACGAGAGCUCAGCAAUGUACUUGAACUGCCUGCUAUCGUCUGCUUCCAAUUUUCAUCCUUCCGAUGAUCAGAAGUGCGCUAACUAUAAAUUAAUUUUUGAACCAACUGAUGCAGAGCAUGAAGAGGAGGAGGAGGAGGAUGAUGAAAAUGAAGAAGAUGAAAAUGAUAAUUAUUGUGAAGAAGCAACGCCCGUUUUCACGAGUGAAGGUUUGGGUGAAAGCGAGGAGAUCAGUGAUAUGCAGCCCCAGACUCGAGACUUGGAAUCGUAUCUCAUCAGCGAACCGACCAACAAUGUGGGACAGGUUUCACGAGUUAAUCCGUACAACCUUUCUACAGAAACUCAACAAAAUGUUUCUGAUUUCACCAACAAUUUGGAUUCGUUGAAGUCUACAAAAUCGCUCAACUUCACUGACGCUCUGAAGCAAACUUCUUGCAACGAGAGCAGUGACAAACUUCGCACAGGCGGCACCCCCGCUUUAGAUUUUCAAAGAUUUUAUUCUAAAAGCACACCAAACAUAAACUCUGACGUCGACAAGAUGAAAUCCUCGCUGACUCUCAUUGAGGAGUACUUCAAUAAAUACAUCAUCGACUGCGAAACCAACGAUGACGAUGAAGAGGAAGUGAAGAUUGAUGGCGAGGGCAACGAGGGCUCCAAUGUUGACCCCAACAGUAGCUGUGAUUCAUCGCCUCUUGAUGCAGACACUUCUUCACAAUCAAAAUUAAUUUCAUCCAACAACGAAAGUAAAAGUAACCAGACGACUCACAAUCAACCGAUGGACACAUUCUCAGAGAUUUGUAAAAAAUUUUCUUCGACGUGUCUUAAUAUCUUGCAAACAUCUUACCCUUCCCUGCACACAACGGGGGACUCCUGUCCAUCCAUCAGUACGAUGAGUUCAAGUCAACAAGAAAGCAACAGCAGCGACAGCCUGAAGAAUAAUUCGCAGUCGGCAGCCACCCUAUCAGCCUUAUACGCCGCUAUAUUUCCUGCGUUCGGUACUUCCGAAGACUCAGACGACCUUUCGAACUCUGCCUCUAAUCAUUUUCUUGUUAAGGAAACGUGUGUGGACGAUCAAGUUCUCAUUGGAAAACCUGAACUGGUGGACAAGAAACCGAACCCCGUGCGCAGAUGUCUCUCGCUGAAAGUUCCAGAAAGUCCCUCGACGAAGGAAGUUCGUAAGAAGAAAAAGAAAGUAAAAUUUGCGGAUGCUUUUGGUUUAGAGUUGGCGAUCGUUCGUUUGAUUUUGAGCGGAGAAAAUCUUUCUGAUGAGGCAUUUCAGCAAAGGUUUCAGGCUGCAACUGCCUCGUAUCAAACCAAUUUCAACAACCAAAAUAACAACAACAAUAUCGUUGCCCACAAAACUUCAACGAAUCGAUCGAGCUGCUUGAAAGGCGCCGUCGACAGCACGUCAGCAAAAAGUGAGAACGUUCAAUCUCAGUCAACUCCAGGCAAGAGAAUAAUCGCUGAUUUUGUUCAACCUGGUAACAGUGAAGACUUCUCAACAAAAGUUUGGUUACAGAACGUAGUGCUAGAAAGCUGCCUGGCAGAGAAGAAAUCCAAUUCGAUUUCGGGCUGCAUACGAGUGUACAACCUGACGUACAGGAAGGAGGUGAUCGUUCGCUACACGAUGAACAAGUGGGCGACAUACAGCGAGCACAAAGCCUCCUACAUAUACGGAUCCAACGACGGAAACUCCGACAGAUUCUCCUUCCUCAUCGCCCUGCCGCCUUAUUUUGACGUUGGAAACACUUUCGAAUUCGCCAUCAUCUAUCGAACGAGUGACGGUAGAGAAUUUUGGGACAACAACCACGGACGUAAUUAUACGAUGACGUGUCAAAAAUGUUAAAUUGCAUUUAAUUUCUUUGUUUUUUUUUGUGUGUAAAUAAUUAAAUUAUAGUUGUGUCAACGAUGAUGAUGUAACAUUCUU